GUCACGCUGCCCCUCCCGCCCUCCGCCCGGAGUGGGGGCGUGGAGCGCGGGAGGGCGGGCUUCUCCGCCAGCCUCACAGCACCCGGAGCGCACUGGCCUCCUGAGAAGGGCGCAUUGCGCGCAGCCCGGAGCCCGCAGCCGGCCGUCGUCUGCCCUGGUGCCCUGGGCGGCUGCCGGGUUCCUGGAGAGCGCGUCCAGCCAUGGAGCCUUUGCACAAAGACGCUGAGACUGCGGCGGCGGCGGCGGCGGUGGCAGCGGCAGAUCCCCGGGGGGCAUCGUCGUCCAGUGGGGUGGUCGUGCAGGUUCGCGAGAAGAAGGGACCCCUGCGUGCCGCCAUCCCCUACAUGCCCUUCCCGGUGGCUGUCAUCUGUCUUUUCCUCAACACUUUCGUGCCGGGAUUGGGAACAUUCGUCUCGGCCUUCACUGUGCUGUGUGGGGCACGCACCGACCUCCCGGACAGGCACGUGUGCUGCGUCUUCUGGCUGAAUAUCGCUGCGGCCCUCAUUCAGGUGCUCACGGCCAUCGUCAUGGUGGGCUGGAUCAUGAGCAUCUUCUGGGGCAUGGAUAUGGUCAUCCUUGCCAGGUACAAGGAUCAGGCUAUCCCACAACAGCUGUGAGCUUACAGGACCUGCCAGGAAAGUCCAGGGUCCCGUGAGGGCUGCGCCAGGAGGCUCCGGGCACAAGGACCUUCACAUAUUCUCUUCUGCCAUUUCUCAGAUUGGAGUAGAGAGGGAGUACUUACAAAAUAUUAUUUAUUUUGGAAAACACACCUGCUUUUCUUAGCAGGCUCUGAGGCUGUCUUCUCUCUCCCUGUCCCAGAGUGCAUGGGAGGAACAGGCCAAGAGCAUCGGGACUGGGUUAGAGGCGUGAUAGCGACCCGGUGCAAGGGAUGCUGGGUAUGCUUAUUCACCUGCACUCUGAACAGGCACCCGGACCUGCCAGGCUGGGCUGCUGUAGGUCCCGUGCAGGUGACCAGUCACUCUCCCAGGCGUCGGGACUUCAUGGAACACUUACUUCCUCUGUGUCCUCACGCCCUGCUCAACCAUGUGGUUCCCUGUGUUUGCUCUGUGGUCUCCCAGGGAGUGUAUCAGAGUCGGGGUUGCCAGUGUGGAAAGGCCAGGUGAUAGCCCAGUGUGGAAAAGUCCUUGGGUGGCCCUCUCCCCCAUGAAAUCUGUUGAUACCCCAGCGUCUGAGUUGCUGGGUGUGCGUGUGACUUUGUGACCUGCCUUGGGGGUGGCACCCACUCCACUUCUGGGGUGUCACUGCCCGUGUUCGGAUGUUUAUGUGCAAAAUGACCAGACUGAGUUAUGAAUGGCUGCAGACCAGCAGCCUUCUUGGAAACAUUUAUUACUGUGUCUGGUCCCUCGCCGUCUCUGGAUCCCCUCUCCCUUUUUUUCCUGACAUCCACGUGUUUCUGAAUCCAGAUGGUUUGUUUUGAGGAAGAGGAUGGUAUCCAUUCAUUAGUGUUUCCUGACUUCCCAGCGGAGUCUGGGCUUCCCCCACCCCCCGACGCCACACAUGUGGAUAUCACCAGAGAACCCUGUGAACGGUCAGAUGUGUUGAGACUCAAGUCCUGAGGGACAUUGGAGCCUGGACUGCACUUGAACUGUGAGACCUGCAGAGUGACAUCAUGAAGUUGGGGACUUUGACCUGAAAUUCAUACUUGCUGCAAGAAGACAGUUGUCAGCAUAGCAGUACCCCCUUUAAGCAGCGAACCUGGGACUGAUCAGUACAGAGCUUGAUCCUUACUAGGCAGAGAAAGCAACAGAAAGUGUGAAGGCACCCAUCUGAAAUUAAGAGAAAGGCGGACCCAAACUGAUGGCAGUGGGGUGGCUAAUUAUAUCUCUCUCCAUUCUCAUUCUAACGUAGGAAGCGCUAACAUGUGGGACAGGCCCAGGGCUCAGUUCCCGGUCACACUGGCCUUGAGCCACCAGUGAGUCCCUCUUGGAGAAUCUCUUAUCAUCUGCCUGAGGCUCUGUCGAAGUGUGGAAAGGAGCCGUCCACUUUCUGCCUUGGUGGAGGGAGGCUCUUGAAAAGCAGCUCCCGUUUCACUGGAGUUCCGGCCUCCUGCCAGUCUUCUUAAUUGGAAUCCUUGGAAGCUGGCCCCCAACUGGACAGCUCCUGACAUCAUGAAGAGAUAUUGUAGUCCCAUGAAGUACUCACUCCUGGCCCUGACUCUGGGCUGGCUUGCCUCUCCUAUCCUGUGUCUACCCAUGAGUUUCUUCCAUGGCUGUGUGGGAUCCAGUUGUACCUUUGGAACGCUUGCCAGGGGCCCAUUUCUUCCUGUGUUUCUUUCUGUUGCUUCUGUCGGUUUGCAGUCCCUGUCUUGGGGUAUGAGACCAGGCUUGGUUCUCUCUAGAGCAGAUCACUGCUCUCAAGGAGGCUACAUCAGGUAGCAAAGCUGUACCAGAAAGGGGAAGGAGGGUCAAUGUGCCCUCCCAUGCUGCCAGCCCACAGUCCUUUAUCCCACAGAGCCAGUGAUGACAGGCCUUAGCAAGGGCAGCCCCCACAGCGAGGGAGAAGUCUAUUUCUCUGGCUAGGGCUGGGGGUGGCUACUGGGGGAGUUGAAAGGAGAUAGCAAUUUGUAUUGCUUGUUUAGUGACAUGAGCCAGACUCGAGUGGGACUUUCCUGAGUGACAAGUGUCACCAUGAGUUCCAGUGUGGGAUGGCUUAAUACAGGGGUUUGUGAGCUUGGAAAAGCUAUCUCCUUAGCACCCCCUCACUCCAGGUGGCUGAUGUGGGUAGAUUUUAGGGGGCCCUAGAAUAGUGAGUCCGAGGGUUGCUACUAGUUCCAAGCAGCAGCCCCCAGGUAAGACUUGAUUAGCGUAAUCAUUCUCAGUCGAUGGACAGUGGCUAAUUCACUCUACAUAAUCCAAGAAGGCCACUGGAUAGGUGACCAGAGUUCAUUUACUAAAACACCAGAUAUUUAGAAAGCAGUGCUGUGAACCCAGAAAGUGCUUGGUGGCUCCAGGACUCUUUAGUGACAAAACUGCCUGGGUAGCAGUUUUGUUGGCUGUGGUCCAACCUUGGGAAAUAAUUCAGAAGAAUGUUCCCUGGCUAUGAGUGCCAGGGGCAGAUUUCACAGGCACACAGUGAGCGUCCACAGAGACUGUGACACUGUCAGGACCUAAUGUGGCAUUGUAACCAGAGUGGCCCUUCUUUCCACCAAACCAGGACCCUGGGGGUUGGGGAUUUAGCUCAGUGGUAGAGCGCUUGCCUAGGAAGCGCAAGGCCCUGGGUUCGGUCCCCAGCUCCGAAAAAAAGAACCAAAAAAAAAAAAAACAAAAAACAAAAAACAAAAAACAAAAAAACAACAAAACAGGACCCUGGAGCAAGAGUGAGGACUAGGUAGCCUAGUGCCCUAGCUCCAUUUCUGUUGCCAUGAUAAAAAAAAAGAAACGUGCAACAGGAGAAAGGAAAGUUUGAUUUUGUGGCUUAUAAUCCAGGUUAUAUACAGUCCAUCAUGGCGGAGGAGCCAUGACGGUAGGAACCGGAAGCACCUACGUCACCACAUCCAUAGUAAACAGCCGAGAGAAGCAAAUGCAUCCAUACUCCUCCCGCCCCGUCCCCAUCAGUUUCAUGUAAACUUACAAAGUCCAAGACCCAGCUCAUAAACCGGCGCCACUCACGUUCAGGGUGGAUCACCUCACUUCCGUUAACAAAUAAGAUAAUCCUCCACAGAGGCGCCCACAGGUCAAUCUGAUCUAAAUAAUUCCUCUUUAAGACUUCCCCGGUGAUUUUAGGUUUGGUUAAGCUAAAACUAUUCAACAGUGUGUAGUGUAUUGUGGGGACCACUGAGGACCCCAGACGGUGGCCAGGAAGCGGCUAUGGAACUACCCACCCUCCACCCUCAGACUGCCACAAUUGCUGCUCUUGCCUGCCUCCAGGGCCCCAGCCCCAGCGACCCGCCCCACAGUGGGCGUGGCCCAGGUGCUGCUCUGCUCAGUUCAUCUCCUACCAUUCAGUGAGCAACCUGUGGGGAGUUUUUGUUAAGCUUUCACAAGGAGACCAGAGGCUUCUCCCCAAGACACACCUCUCAGAAGUCACAGGGGUGGGAUAUUCUCCAUCACCCCUCCUGCAUCCUUGAGCUCAUCUGCCCUCAAAGCCAUACCCCUAGGCUUCUGCAAGUCCCUGAUGGAGAGUGGAAGCAGAUGGCAGCUCCAGACAGAGUUGGUGCUCAGAGCUGCUUGGCUCCUGGGGUCCAGGUCCUGCAUUCCCUCACAGGACUGAGGCUGCACCUAUGGUUGAUAAAAUCAUGGGGUGUAGGAUGCUGGGGGCUACAGCGGGGAGAACUCAGCUAUAGGAGACGUAGGAAGUAAAUGGAUCACAUGGUUAGCAUGUGUCCCGGACAGAAAAGGAUCAAGAUAUGCAAAAGAAAAGCCAUCCACACAUCACACACCAGGUUUAAGGCUCCAGUGGGCUGAAAUCUCAAGACCAGAAAAAUCCCCCCGAAGGCCCAAGGGUCCUGAAGCAGGAAAGUAAGAUUGAAAGGGUGUUCCUCUGACCUUAAGAAUUAAAACGCAAGGCCUUAGUGAUGGUGAAUGACCUGCAUGAAGAAAGCUGGGGCUGUGUGCUCUGGGGACAGAGGGCUGGGGCGGAGAAAGGCAGUGGGUGUUCUGUUCGUGAGAAUGGCUCCCAGCAGGUCUUUCUCACACCUUCUGGAUCCUGUUGAAGCCCCGUUGUGGGAAUCAGAGAGACCCCCAAAUUAAUUAGUCAGAGCUCCCAGAGGUUGAUCUUUGUGAUUCAAGAGGGCUUGGGGCUUAGAGAACUAACUGGCCACUGCGUCUCCUUACUCCCGGGCAGAAGUGCGCCCGAUACAGAGCAAGGUUUCCCCCUAGUGGAAGCAGGGAGUCAGGACACCAUCUGCCAGCCUAGGGGUGGGGUUCGCUCCAUGCGCUGUGAGGGAGGUUCGGCAGUUAGCAAGUGUUCCUUCAGUGCUAAACUGCUCAGGUCCUGAGCUCAGACGAAAGAUGCCCUCCAGGUCACAUCCCUACAGUAUCCAGCCUCCACCAGUGACAGCAAGCUCGGGGAGACCUUUUCUUCAACGAGGAGCUCUAUCUCCUUCCAGAGAGUUCUGUGCCCAGGUUGUAGGGGACAUGAGGUCAUCUUGGACAGUGGCAGUGACCUAGUACUAUCGGGAAGAGGUCAUCUAAGUGAUGGGCAAAGAGGCUCAGAGUCUAUCUUCUUCAUCUUCCUUCCUGGUAGCUUUUGAGAGCUUCUGAAUGUUCACGGAGGCAAUGUAUGCUUUCAAUCCCAUGAUGCACCAGGACAAAAUGAAUCCCAACCUGAGUGAGUGGUCCUGUGUGCCCUACACGGGCCAGGGUGACUAUAGUCUCGUUUCAGCAAUGUCCCUCCAGCUGUUUGUCCUGCAUCUAACCAUCCACAGUAUAGAAAUAAAACCAAUCUGUCCCCAAUCCUACCAAAGCCAAGGGUCUCCAAAUUCCAGGCCCAGUCAGGCAUACAAGGUACGCUGGACCGCAUGACUUCCAAAGCUGGCGGCCACAAAGCUGGGAGAGCCCAGACUCUUUCUGGUAAAACAAACACUGGUCCAGUAUGCCACAACCCCCCACAGGAGACUAAAGAAAUGGUUCUACCAAAGUUCGGGACCCAGUGAGUUUAUAAAGCAUGGCAGACUCUUGGUAAGCUACGUCGCUGAAAAGCCCCACCCCAGCAUGGGUGACAACUCAAAGAAGUCACAAAACUGUUGUCCUCACCCCAGUCAGUCAUCCCUCCGCAACUCUGUCCACUGUAGCCACUGGUUGCCCUCUCUCCAGGGGUCCGUGGGAUCGGAAUCCCCACCGCACCCUUUCCAGAUCUACUGGAAUCUACCCCCAGGCUCCAGAGUGGUCUUUUGUGGAGUGGGGAAGGAGAGGGAAGUGACCUCUUCCUGAAGCUUUUCUGUGCUGCUAGCGUUAUUUUUACUUCUGAGCUUAUACACUGCCUGCCCCAGCCCAGGAGCCAGCAAGGAGUAGAAGAGGAAAGUUUUAAGCAGACACAAGCGAUGGUGGGGUUUGUGAGGAUUCAGCGGGCUCCUGUGGAAUGGUAGCUGGCCCUUGCAGGCUCAGUUGCACGGGGGGGGGGGGGGAGCUCGCUGGAUUCAUCACUGAGUUAUGAGCAGGCGUUGUGUUGUGAAUUACUGUUUAGGUGUUGCCAUUGGCUUUUCUCUGUUAAAUUACCUGCUGUACACUUCCAAGUUCUCUGACGAUAUCCAGGGCUUUCUUUUCUCACUCCUGCUCACAGGGACCCCCACGUGCCCAUCCAGCCACGGGGUGGGGGUGGGGCAUUGCCAGGCCAUUCCAAAGAUUGCAAGAGUUCUUGGAGACGACUUGGAAUAUCUCAGCCCCAGGGAAGAUUCUAGACUUUCCUGGCUGAAACUGAAGCACGGGACCCAGGUUUGACUUUUGCUUAACUUUCCCAGUGUCCACAGGCUUGAGCCCCCAGCCUUGGCUCGGGGUCCACAGAGCCCCACAGGGUCCACAGGGCCCUGCAGGAGCAGAGCAGGGCUCCUGUGUCUCCAGCUUUCUGCCAGCUUUAAAGUCGUUCCUUGCAGCAACGCUGCUGUACAUGUGGUGGGGAACACCACCCACAUCAAAGCCCAUGUACAUAUCUCCGUGUACAUGUGUGCAUACACAUGUGCCCCUGUUAUAAAGUAGCAACGCAUGGUGUUUCUUUGGCAUUCCAAUUUGGUUUUAUUUUUUAACCCUUGAAAAUAUGGUUUUGGCGAUCUUUUCUUCUUCUCUUCCCUCUUUUCUAUUUAAUAAACACCCAUGUGACCAUGUGGCUUCUCGGA